AUGUUCGGCAGCGGCGACGCAGCGGCGAACGGGUUUUUCCCGCACACGCGGCUGUCCGAGCAGGCAGUGGUGCUGUACCAGGCCGGCUACCUGACGCCGCCGGACACGCGCCUCCCUGCGGGAUGGCAUCUCAGCGUCGGCGGGGUGGGGGUCCCACCGGCGCCGCCCGUCGGGAGCCCUCGGUGGUGCGCCGACGUCGCCCAUCCCCCCGGUAAGCCGCCGACAACACGGCGUACUGGGAGGCGCUGUUCCAGGGCGAGCGGGCGGCCGAGCUCGCCCAGUUCGACACCGCCAACCCCUCGUCUGGACGGCACAACAUCGUCGGGCGCAGGGCUUGGUGGGGCGUGCCCGGCCGCACGCUCGCCGCCGUCCUCGACCACCUCGACAUCGGCGCGCCCCUACCCGAUGCUCUCCCCGACCCCCCCUUCGCCGCAGCCGAGGUCCGGAGGCCUCUCCCCGCGCCGCAAGAAGAUGGCUGUGAAGAAGCGGCCUGCGGCGCGCCCGGCCCACGGCAUCAUCAUCCGCGACGGGCCGCCGCCGCCGCCGUCGCCCGGCGCUCCCACCCAGGAGGAGCCGGCUCCGUGGUGGGCGCAGGAGUGUGGCGUGCAGACGUCGUUGGCGGCUCCCGGGGAUCCCGAGGAGUUCCAGGGCUACCAGACAGCCAUGGUGCUCUCGGCGGUGGAGCCGCCUCGGAUGACCGAGGAAGAGGCGCUCGCCUGGUCGGCGCGCGACUGGGAGCAGAUACUGUCGGCGGGACACGGCGGCAGCAGAGGCGCCAGUAGCAGUGCCGGGUUCGUCCCGGUGAAGGACGAGCCGGUCUGCGACGGCAGCGAUGACAAUGACUUUAGUUGGAGUUUCCUAGAUUAG